GGGUUUUGCAGACUGGUGAGGCUGUCCAGUCCAUUUCAUUUGUAAUCAUGGCAGGUAAACGAGCAUUACUGAUUUUGGCGAAAGGCGCCGAGGAAAUGGAAACCGUUGUACCAGUGGAUGUCAUGCGUAGAGCUGGGAUUGCUGUUACAGUAGCAGGGUUGGCAGGGAAGGAACCUGUCCAGUGUAGCCGUGAUGUCGUUAUCUGCCCGGACUCAAGCCUGGAAGAUGCUCGCAAGCAGGGUCCCUAUGAUGUUGUGGUUUUACCCGGAGGAUUAUUGGGCGCCCAAAACCUGUGUGAGUCUCCUGCUGUGAAAGAGGUGCUGAAGGAGCAGGAGGACAAGAAAGGGCUGAUUGCUGCCAUCUGUGCAGGUCCCACUGCCCUGUUGGCCCAUGGCAUUGCAUACGGCAGCACAGUCACCACACACCCUGGUGCCAAGGACAAGAUGAUGAACGGAAAUCACUACAAGUAUUCUGAAGCUCGUGUGCAGAAGGACGGACACCUGAUCACCAGCCGGGGCCCAGGCACCAGCUUUGAAUUUGCUCUGACUAUAGUGGAGGAGCUGAUGGGAGCUGAGGUUGCAGCUCAAGUCAAAGGGCCCCUGAUCCUCAAAGACUAACCACAAUGUUCUUGCACUGGUCUCUGUACUGCAAGCAGAACCAGUGAGUGGCCAAGCAAACCUGCUUUCUGCUCUGCUAAUCACAAGCAGAUAAUUACAUGCAAUAUUAUGGUGUUACCUUAGAUUUCUAAUCUCUGAAAUUCCCUUGUCGCUCCUCUAGUAAGGAAGGCUAGGACUAGGAAGUGCUCUAACAUUUUCACAUUUUGUCUAUGAGUAGAGAUGAUUAGCAAGGCAGUUUAUUUUGAUGCACAUUGCAACUGAAGCACUUGAUCAUGUAUAUGAGACUUUUUUUAAAGGAUAUUCCUUUAAUGCGAUGUGUCACUUGUAAUUGAAAAUUCUGUUUAAGCUGGACAUGCUUCAGUGGGAAUAAAAUGCUGUGAAAAAGUC